CCGGAUGCGCUUGUCCCAAAGGGGAAUUUGAACGAACCGGUUUGUCAAGCGUCUGUCCGGGAAGCAACGCUCUGUUUUCCUUUCUUCACAAUUAGGGAUCCCCGGAUCAAACCCUAAUUGCGCUCCCGGAGAGAACUGCAGGAGGGAAUUCCGUGAUCGACGCGGAGACUACAAGGAAUUGUUGCUGAAACCGGAAGAGACGCCUAGAUCUGCUUUUGAAAGUUUUAGGCACAAACUCUGACAAAUGGCAUAUGACACAUCUAGCUUUUGGGGCCCUGUGACAUCGACCAAAGAGUGGUGUGAGCCAAAUUAUGUUUACUCUUCCUAUAUUGCAGAGUUUUUCAACACCAUUUCAAAUGUACCAUGCAUUCUCCUGGCCUUCAUUGGUCUUGUUAAUGCAUUGAGACAAGGGUUUGAGAAAAGGUUCAGUGUCCUCCACAUAUCAAAUAUGAUACUUGCAAUAGGGAGCAUGCUUUAUCAUGCCACAUUGCAGCAAAUGCAACAACAAGGUGACGAGACACCAAUGGUAUGGGAAAUGCUUCUAUAUAUUUAUAUCCUCUACUCACCAGACUGGCAUUACCGGAGUACAAUGCCCAUAUUUUUGUUCCUCUAUGGUGCUGUGUUUGCCGUCGCUCAUUCACAGGUUCGGUUUGCAAUUGGGUUUAAGGUCCACUACGCAUUACUCUGCCUCCUUUGCAUCCCCCGUAUGUACAAAUAUUACAUUUAUACUGAAGACAGAUCUGCAAAGCGCCUCGCCAAGUUAUACCUGGCCACUCUAUUGGUUGGUUGCUUGUGCUGGUUAUUCGACCGGGUGCUUUGCAAGGACAUUUCAAGGUGGAUCCUCAACCCACAGGGACAUGCAUUGUGGCAUGUGCUUAUGGGUUUUAACUCCUACUUUGCAAAUGCGUUCUUAAUGUAUUGCCGUGCCCAGCAAAGGGGAUGGAAUCCAACAGUUAAUCACUUGAUAGGCUUCUUCCCGUACGUGAAAAUUCAAAAGCCAAAGUUGCAAUAGUGCUUCAUCAUCUUCUUCUUCUUUGGGCUAAGCUUCGGUCCGUCUGCUCCCCCUAUAGGUGUUGUAAGGAAUGUGAGCAAUCAGCACGCAGUUGUGAUUCUUUGUUCUAUUUGCACAUUUUUAAAGAGUGUACUGUAAAUGAAAAUUCUGGCAGUUUCUAAUAGCAUAUUACAUUUUUAUUUUUAUUUAUUUUUGUUUCAUCUACUGUAGAAGUAUCAUCCUCCUGGCUGUGAACUAAAUCUCAAUGCCACAGACUAACCUGCAUUUGGAGGUUUUUGUUUUGUUCUGGUUGAAUUUUUUUUGGAAUUGAUGAUCUGAUUAAUGAAGUUAUGGUUUAGCU